AUCCACUGAACCUACUGGUCCAAUAAAACCGCGAACCUGUUGCCCCUUCUUUUUUCUUCUGACACUCCAAAAAAUGUUCUAAAUAAAUCUCGUGUUUCACUCCGCCCCCACAACAAAAGACACUCGUCCACCGCUUCCCUUCGCCAUCCCACCGCCCCUUCCUCACCAAAAUGCAUAAGCUUUUCAUCUUUUUCCUCAAUUUCAACUCCUGAUCACCUCCUCCUUCUCAGCAGAAGUAACUCUGGAGUUCAAGCAAUCAAGCCCUUUCUUCUCGUGUUUCUUGUUUGCUGUUAAGGCUUGAUUGUUUCUUCCGGACUGAAAGUUUAGGGGUUUGGUGUGGUAGCUUUAGAAGGGCCUUUGAGAUUUUGAGCAGACACUUUGUUGUUUGAUCCUGCCAUUGGAUAAUUUGAUGGAGGGUUCUGUGCUUGAUCAGAGUUUGGACCAACAGCCUUUGAAUCAGCUUGUUGGUUCAGCAUCAAAUUUGGUGGGGGAUCAAAUUUGUGAUUUAGAGACUGGUGAUGGUGCUAUAAAAGAGCGGUUUCGACACCUUAAGGCUGCUGCUGUUAGAGCUGGAUUGAGCAUGGGGAGGUGGUCAAAUCGAAAUAUUGUUGAGACUGGAGCUUCUUUUGUUGGGCCAGUGGCUGAUAGGAAUGUUAAUAGGGGAAUGUGGGGUGGCGUGGAGGGUGGCGGUGCCGAUCAUAGCAUUGCACAGAGGGGGAAGGGUUGCAAAAGGAAAAGUAGCUGUCUUGUUGCCAUGGCAUUGGAGAUGAGCAGCGAUGUAAGCACGGUCCAAGAGAGUCGUGGCAACUUCUACGAUUGUAACAUUUGUUUGAACAUUGCUAGAGAACCUAUCCUGACGUGUUGUGGGCACUUGUUUUGUUGGGCUUGCUUUUCUAAGUUGCCUUAUGCUAAUUCGUUUGCAAGGGACUGUCCUGUUUGUGAAGGAGAAGUUACUGAUUCCAGCAUUGUUCCCAUUUAUGGUGAUGGAGAUAGUGCUAGGAACUCUAGUUUGGAUUCGUCAAUAACAAUUCCUCCCAGGCCAAAGGCACAGAGAGUGGAGAGUGAGAGACAGCAGCGUGUGGCUCUGGGUAUUUCCCAUAUCCAUGUUCCAGUUGCAGAAGCCUUAAGGCGUUUAAGGACUAGUGUUAGUACUAGUACCAUGGGGGAGAAUUCGCCUGCAGAAAGAGAAGGUUUUCAGGUAUGGCGCACAAGUCGUUUUACAAGAGAGUUAUCAGAAAAUGCGGCUGCUCUUGUUUCGCUCAUUAAUGUAGAAAGGUUGCUUGAGGACCUUGAGACAUAUGUUAAUAAUCGCCAGUUGUGAAGAAGUGCUGCGCAUUCCUUUUCAGUUGAUGAAGGAAAUUCACCUUCUGGAAACGCUAUUGUCACACCUUUGGAGCAUCAACUAUUUAGUGCUGAUAUUAGCUACCCUAUACCUGCUCCUCAUUUGCAUCACAACCAAUAGAACCAGACAUAAUUGCCCUUGUGGCUGUGUUCAUGUGUCCACCUCACUGGAGAAUGAAUUCAGCGAGGGGCUCAGAUAAGUUCACUUGACAAGGAGGUUUGCUUGACUGUUGUAAAUAAUUUCUUUUUUGGUGUCGCCGUGCUUCUCCUUUGAGAAUGCAAUGUAGAUUGAUUCAGCAGAAAUUGAAUCACUGAACUGUUAGCUUAUUACAUAUAGCCAUUCUGUAACAAAAAGCGAUUGCAUCAGUAUUAGAUUGAAAGUUCUUUGUUCUACAUUCAUUACUUGGCCAAUUUAUGUUUGUGUUUAUUACCCUUUGACACUUUAUUUAGAAGCAUGGCUGCAACUCUGGAAGCC